UUCACCCUUCAUAUGCAAGCUCACCAACACGGGGGUCGACAGGACAUUUUUCCCGAGAAAGACGAGCAGAGCGGACCGCGGUCGGACAGAUGGCCAGAAAGAGCGCCGUUCCUCCGUCCUACUACGGUGAGCCACACAAGUUUGAUCCAACGUUUAGAGGGCCGGUCCACAAAAGGGGCUGCACAGACGUGCUUUGCUGUGUGAUCUUCGUCAUCGUCAUCCUCGGCUACAUCGCUCUUGGAGCAGUGGCAUGGAUGCAUGGUGACCCGCGAAAAGUGGUUUAUCCCACAGACAGCUACGGCCAGUUCUGUGGCCAGCAGGGGACGCCAAACGCAAAUAAAGCCAUAUUGUUCUACUUCAACAUUUUACACUGUGCCAACCCAGCAGUUCUCAUCAACCUGCAGUGCCCUACGACUCAGCUGUGUGUAUCCAAGUGCCCAGACAGAUUUGCCACAUAUUUAGACAUGCAGUAUAACUACAGCAGGAACCGGAGCUACUGGGAGUACUACAGGCAGUUCUGCAAACCCGGCUUCGACAAUCCAAAAAAGUCUGUCGCUCAGGUGCUCAGGGAUGAAGACUGUCCCUCCAUGCUGGUUCCUAGCAGACCCUUCCUUCAGAGGUGCUUUCCAGAUUUCAUCACCAGAAAUGGGACGCUAACCGUCGCCAACAAAACGGACUUUAAGGACGGUCUAGGUAAAACCCGGAGUGUCGUUGAUCUCAGAGAUGCCGCCAACGGAGUCACAGCCAUGCAGCAGGGAACCAAAAGUGGCAUUGCCAGCCUGCUGGACGCCAAGGAGGUGGGCACCAAGAUCUUUGAAGACUAUGCGAGCUCCUGGUACUGGAUUUUAAUAGGGCUGGUCAUUACUAUGGUGAUCAGUCUGCUCUUCAUCCUCUUGCUGAGGUUCACUGCAGGAGUGCUGCUGUGGUGCGUCAUCUUUGGAGUGAUCGCUGCAGUGGGAUACGGUAUCUGGCACUGUUAUUGGGAGUAUGUAACUCUGCGGGGGAAGCCCAACGCCGAUGUCACUAUUUCUGAUAUUGGCUUUCAGACGGAUUUCAGGGUUUAUCUGCAGCUGAGCCAAACGUGGCUGAUCUUCAUGAUCUCUCUGGCGGUGAUAGAGGCCGUGAUCAUCAUGAUGCUGAUCUUCCUGAGGAGGAGAGUCCGCAUCGCUAUAGCUCUGCUGAAAGAGGGCAGCAAGGCUGUUAGCUACAUCAUGUCGACCCUGUUUUAUCCCAUCAUCACUUUCCUCUUGUUGGCCCUCUGCAUAGCAUACUGGGCUGUGACGGCCAUUUUCUUGGCAUCGUCUGGUGAUGCUGUAUACAAAGUGAUGUCAACCCAACCAAACUGUAAAUACACCAACAUCACCUGCAACCCUGAGACGUUCAGUCAGUCUAACGUCAGCCAGGUGUGUCCAGGCUCUCAGUGUACGUUUGCGUUCUAUGGUGGUGAGAGCGUGUACCACCGCUACAUCUUCGUCCUGCAGCUGUGCAACCUGCUGGUCUUCCUCUGGCUCGUCAAUUUCAUCAUCGCUCUGGGUCAGUGCACUCUGGCCGGAGCCUUCGCCUCAUACUACUGGGCCCUGAAGAAGCCUGCAGAUAUCCCAGCAUGUCCUCUGGCUGCCUCUUUCAGCCGGGCCCUCAGGUAUCAUACGGGUUCUUUGGCUUUUGGUGCAUUAAUCCUCUCCAUAGUGCAGUUCUUCCGGAUCGUUCUGGAAUACCUGGACCACAAACUCAAAGGUGCUCAUAACGCGUUUGUGCGCUUCCUGCUGUGCUGUAUGAAAUGCUGCUUCUGGUGCCUGGAGCGUUUCAUCAAGUUCAUGAACAGGAACGCAUACAUUAUGAUUGCGAUUUAUGGGAAGAAUUUCUGUGCCUCAGCGAGAGACGCUUUCUUCCUGCUGAUGAGAAACGUGGUGAGGGUGGCCGUGCUGGACAAGGUCACUGACUUCCUGCUGUUUCUGGGGAAGCUGCUGAUUUCGGGGAGCGUUGGUGUCCUCGCGUUCUUUUUCUUCACACGCAAGAUACCGGUUAUCCAGGAGGAAGUCCCAUCGCUAAAUUACUACUGGGUCCCCCUGCUGACAGUGAUUUUUGGGUCCUAUCUGGUUGCCCAUGGGUUCUUUAACGUCUAUGCCAUGUGUGUGGACACACUUUUUCUCUGCUUCUUGGUGGAUCUGGAGAAGAACGACGGCUCUGCGGCUCGGCCGUACUUCAUGAGCAGCACCCUGAGAGCCAUCCUCAACAAGAAGAACCACCGGAGGGCACCUGAGAGGAAGAGGGCGAGAGUUGGGAGGAGAAAAUGAUGGGGGAAAAAGACUUUUUUGACAGUUUGAGAAUGAGACAGAGUUCUGAGGGGUGGUUCAGUAAGAGAACAGGAGAUUUAUCACUCACUCAUCUGGCAGGUAAGCAUUUGUGAGCUGGACUGGGGGAAGAAACAUCACUAGUGCCAAUACAACACAUGCCUUCAAGAAAAACAUCAGUAGAAAGUAUUUUUAUAAUAACUGAUGAUGUACAUUUAUGCAUUUUAGCACUUAUCAGAGGCUCAUUGAGCAAAAAGGCAGUGCAGGCAGACCCUGGAAGUGUCUGCAAUUUAAAGAGAAAUUCCACUUUUAAAAAAAAAUUCUACAUAAUUAACUGGUUGAGAUGUAAACUGAGCGGU